AUCAAUGCGCGUAGCACGUGAGCGCCGGCUCUGGAGACCGCCCUUUCGUCAUUGUCGGUCGGCCGCAAGCAGGUGAAAAUGGAGGAAUAUGCUCGAGAACCUUGUCCCUGGCGGAUAGUGGAUGAUUGUGGAGGUGCAUUCACAAUGGGAGCUAUUGGUGGCAGCAUCUUCCAUGCAGUUAAAGGGUUCCGUAAUUCUCCUGUGGGCAUAAGUCAUAGAAUGCGAGGAAGCUUGACAGCAAUAAAAACCAGAGCACCACAGCUUGGAGGCAGCUUCGCAGUAUGGGGUGGUCUGUUCUCUAUGAUUGACUGUGGUUUAGUGAAGGUCAGAGGAAAAGAGGACCCUUGGAACUCAAUCACCAGUGGUGCCAUGACUGGGGCAAUAUUGGCAGCAAGAAAUGGUCCAGUAGCGAUGGUUGGGUCAGCUGCUAUGGGUGGUAUCUUACUAGCACUCAUAGAGGGUGCUGGUAUUCUUUUAACAAGAUUUGCAUCUUCACAGUUUCAAACUGCACCACAGUUUGCUGAGGAACCCACUCAGAUGCCUUCACCAUCUUUUGGAGACUUCAGGCAAUAUCAGUAAAGGAUUCAGGGGACUGUUUAGUUCAUUUUUUUUUAAAUUAAAUUAUGGACUUGCAUUUUUGGACACUGGCAUGUCUUGAAGCAAUUAAAAAAAAAUUAAAAUUGAGACAACUACUUCUGGAUCGUGGAUGUGGGUCACUCACCUGAAGACCUGCAUGCUUGUGGCUUGCCGUAUGUGCCACGUUCAAUUCCAUUAGCAAGAACAUUUCCCAUCAUUUGCCUGAAAUACUCCUGAUAAUCUGUCCUGAUCAACAGCUUUGUACAAGUGUAGACUAAAACCCUUUUUAUUUUUUUAAUUGGUUAAUUAGCACUUUUGAAGCUAUUAAAAUUAUUUUAGUAACCUUAGCAUGUUCCAUUUACAGUACAAUAGAACACAUUUAUCAUCGUUAGUCGUAAUGCAAGUGAUUAAAUUCUAACUGUGCAUAGUAAUUUCUAAAACUAGACAAUGGCAGGCAAGGACCUAAACACUAGCUGUUCUUUAGUUUAGAUUUGAUUACACGUCUUACCAAGCUUCGAUGUUUUUAGAGUGGAGUUCUGUUUUGUGGCCAUUGCUGACUGAAUACACCCAGCUAACUCGCAACCUAAUGAAUACAUAGAAUGAAAAAAAUAAUUGUGUCAUCUUCUGGAAAGUUUACAGUUUGUUCUCUUUUUAGAAGGUCACAUUCACUUUUUCAGUGAAUAACAGAAGUAUGUACCUGAGAGACAAUGUGGACCAGACACGUACUAUAAGUUAAGGAGUUGCAUUUUUGAAAGUGCAAUACUGUGGACCCAGAGCCUUGAAUUUCACAGAGUCAGAUACUUCAUAAAGACCACCAACAUGUCGAGCCUGUACAGCUAAAAACUGCCACACAAAGUUCCAGAACACCUAGUAGGCCAAUAGUUGAUAUCUUGACAGUUUACGUGGGAGUAUGAUGUGGAGGUGGGCACUCUGAAUUGUGGGUGUAGAGCUUUACAUUUGAGGAAGUCUGUAGGGGGUUAUGUGGUCAAAGUAUUUGGACCUAAGGUUAAACAUCUUAUGUAUGUGGAUACCAUAAUGUGAGAUUUGAAUGAAUACUCAAAAAUAUAUAACUUUUUAUAAAAAUGAACACUUUUCAAGGAUUUUGCUUUGGGUCUUCUUGGGUAUUUUGGAGUAAAGUCGGACAUGUCUUUAUUGCUUCCAGGAUGCAUGUUUCCAGGUUGACACUUUGACAGGCAGGAAGUUGAGGUCUGAAUUAAUUUUGUUCUCUAUCUAAAUGAAAGCUCCUACAUACUCCAUUAUCUGCUCCUUCUUCUCACAGAGUCUGUCAAACUGGUUUGGUUAAGCAUUAACCACUUAUUCCCAAUUUUUCAUUAAGAAAGCUUUGUAAAGGCUGCCAUUAUCAUCUCCUCACAUGGCUUAAUAUUUUGUUCCAGAUUCCCAUAAGCAUUUGUUUUUAUAAGUGCUUUGUGGUUUCUAGCUUUAAAGUUCUUUCUCAUGGUGUCAAUGUGAUUUACUAUUUAACUAAAAAGCUGAAAGAAUUCUUCUGGUUCAGCUUUUUGUCCGCUUUGCCUUAGAGGAUUGUGAAGAUCUGGGCUUUGCGACAGAAGAGUGUAGUGUCCCUUCAAGUAGAAUAUGACCUUAAUUAGAAGAGAGAGUGCUAGUUUAGUCAUAGGUCUGCACUUCAGAGAAGCAGUUGGUUUGGUGGCACAUGUGUGUGGGAUCUCUGUUGUACAUUCCAGCUGGGAUGCCAGAAAUUGAUAAGAGCCCACAUUAAAUAAACUUUCUUUCUCUGUUUGUGGUUUGGACAUGGUGAUAAACUGUUUUUCAACAAAUAAACUAAACAAGCUUACUGCAAUAAACCA